UUGAAAUGGCGUAAUUAUUAAAAAUAUAAUACUGAAUCAACAGUUUUUAUACUUCAGGGUAUUUAACGUGAUUAAGGAAUUGUUGAAGUAACCUGACAAUCUUUGUUUUUGUGACAUCAGGUACAUAUUUUUUUUACGAACAUGAGUGAUACCAACCAACACAAAGAUUUAUUGAAGGCUCCAAAGCCGAAAAAAACCAAAUUAAUGAUGGUUCCAGAUGAUGUUCUGGAAAAAAUUAUGUCAUUUAUUUCUUAUGAUGAAGUUAGCCGAUGUAGAUUGGUUUGUCGAAGGUUCAACUCGGUGUCCCAAAGAGUGUUGAAUAGAGGGUUUCACAAAGUUGAGAAAUACCAUGCACAGUGUUUGAAGAAAGUAAAAGCCCAACUGCCUAGACGUGAAUCAGAGAGGCGGAAACAUCAUUUAGCAAGGCAUUGUGAUAUUCUAACUGCUGUUGAAACUAGACUGUCAUUGUUAGGGAUGACGUUCUUGAAAUUUAUAGACUUGAAUUAUUGCUGUUUCAUUCCUGGAAAGGUGCUUGACGAAAUUUAUAGAGUGCUUAGGUAUGUGACUACAGAGACAUCACCUGUACGAGCUCACGAGGUCUUGCAGGAGCUGAGAGAUUUAUCAUCAAUGGCAAUGGAGUAUUUUGAUGAUAAAAUUGCUCCCACUUUCAAGAAGCAUAAGGAUCCAGUACCGAAAAUUCACGCUGGCAUAAGUUUCCCCAUGACAGGUGUCAAAUCUAGUUCCAAGAGCAGUUCGAGUUCUUCACCAAGUCAAGAGACAAAAUUUCAAAAAAUGUCACAUUAUGUGCGCCAGCUUCUAUCAAAGCAAAAUCAAGCAAAUAAAGAUAUUACUGCUCUUCAGAAUAAGAACAAUGAUUUAGCAAAAAAAUGUGAUGAAUUAGAAAAGCAAUUAGUGGAACAACAAAGGAUAGUGGCAUUGCACGAUCAGAAAAGUAAAGAACAUGAUAAGCAGAUAGCUGCCCUUUCAAAGCAUUUAAAAGUACAUAAACAGCUUGAGCUAAAUGAGAGCGAUCAAUACGUAAAAGUUGAGCCUGGGCUGUUGGAUACAGUUAAAAGGGAAUCACCUGCUGAUUCUGAUGGUGAUCAUGGACCUGCUGCAAAAAGAAUGCGGCUAAACACCUCUAAGGACCUGGGACAAUCGGGAUCUUCAUCAUCAGAAUCUAGAACUGUAGUUCCAACUUCUACUUCAACAGCCCUAAAAUUAGAAGAAUCGGAUGAAGAAAGGAUUGUCGAUUCUGCUUCAACUUCAACAUCGAAUAAAAAGGGACGAAAGUGUUCAAUUGCUGCUGUUGUACUUCAAGUGAAAGAGGAACCUCAAGCUCAUAGGCCUAUUACUAGGAGCUGUACUUCUAAGAAAGGCAGUGAGGCAAAUAAAAGGAAAAUUUAGUUCCUAGUGCAAAAUACUGUACAUGUAAUAAGUUGGUGAUUUUCUAGCUGAUUCUGGUCUUCACAUCGUAAGAAAAGGAAAGCUAAAGACAUCCUCUAUUAGUUGAAAAACAAGCCGUUGUUUUAUAAUUUUGUUUCAGUUUUUGAGAAUGAGUGCAUCAUUUUCAAUUUAUCAAUCUUCUACAAAUAUUGUUGCUUCAUUUUUGAGUAUUAUAAGUAAUACUUACCUUAGUUCUGAUUUUUGAGCAUUAUUUGAGAACAUAAUGCACAAAUUUAUUGCAGUUUGAUUUGUUUUUACAUUGUAUGUGGGAUAAUUUUACUAUUACAAGAAAAAACUUAUAGAAAUUAGUUCCUAAUGUAGUUAUAUGGUUGUGUGUUUUUUCUGUUUACUUGAUUGAGUUUCAAUAAUCUAAACAACAAGGCGUUUGUCCAUUAUUAUAAUUUGUGUUUUGAAAAUACAAAGUUAAUAGUUUUGCUGUAAAAUGGGAAUAAUAUGUAAUAUUAUUUCAUGGCUCAACAUUCCUUUUGCAUUUUUUAAAAUGUUCAUUAAGUGUAAUACAUUGCUUGCAUUAAACUGGUUAUGCAUUUGUAUUCUAAUUUUAUUAAUUUUUGAAACCGAGUGAUGUUCCUUCUUGUGUAGUUCUUGGUCUUUUAUGUUGUGCGAAAUAGUUUUCAUUCAUUGCAUUUUACCGUUACUUUUUUCGUAAAUGGAAGCAUUAAGUGCUUAUUGUGGUUGUCAAACAGAAAUAUAAGUCAUCCACAUGAAACUUUGUGUUAAUA